AAGGGCUUCCUUCGUUGCCUGCAGAGACUAAACAGAGGAAGGAACCGGGACCGGGCUCACUCCAAGACUAUCACCUCUAGGGUUUAGCGGCCGUGCCAAAAAACAGAACGCAAACUCGCGGGCUUUUCAGUUUUAUUUUGAAAAUCCUUUUCCUCUCGCUCGUUGUUCAUUUCUGAAGCCCCGAUCUACUCUGCAACUUCGCUGAAGAUGUCAGUCUCAGAGACUGGUUCCAUUGCUGCACACGUUGCUUCACUAACGAAGAGCUUCGGUGUAGUUCCCCCAACAGCAGUCCCUGCCGUCAUCGACUGCAUUUUAGCUUCAACAGGGCUGUCUUCUUCCUCACUCUUCUCUUCGCUUCUUGAUGCCAUCUCGAAUCUCAUUAAGGAUAAUGCCAAGGAGGAGCGUGAUAAGCCGGAUGGUAUUCACUCAGGUCAUAUUGCAUCCUUCACGACCGCUCUCUGUUACCUUUUACGGAAGUCUACCGGGACUAAUCCUGAUCUGUUGCAGUCAUUUAUUUGGAGAGCUUUUCUUCCACUAAUGAAAAUUAAUGCAGAUGAUUAUGGUUCACUUAACCAGAUUGUGGAGCUGUUCUUUGAUGUUGUGAUGGAAACUAACAGCUGGGGGCUCAUAGAAGUGAGCUUGGUGCCUUUUUCACUAAGGUCUGUUGGCCUUUUCAUGGGCAUGUCUCAGAAUGAGGAAUCAGCCAUAUACCAGUGGAACACAGACUCAAUCUUUAAAGGGCCAAACGAGCUAAUGAAUUUGGAUUCAGAGAAAGAGUUCAUGCUGUCUUUGCCAUUGCCUAUCUCAUGCCAUAUUUUGACUUCACUACUCUAUGCCGCCCUAAGAAGUUGCCAGUCAGAGCGAAGCACAUCAGAUCCAAUGGCAGGAAGUGUGUAUUAUUUUGCGGAAAAAUUUGCUGGAAAUUUGCUUUGGGAUCUCUGUGAUAUGACAACUCAAGUGCUUUCACAAUGUUCAGAACGCCGUUCUUGUCUGAUUCGCCUACUCCUUCCAUUCAUUUUUAAGGCAUUUGUUUCUCAUAGUUCUUUUGUUAUCUCAGUCAAUGGGCACAUACAUAUACUGUCCAGGGAGUAUUUCUUUAGAAAAAUUUGGAAGUGCUGUAUAAUACUGUUUUCUCUUGGACCUCUAGAGAGAAAGGAUGCAUAUGAUGUGCUAUCUCUGUAUUUCUCUUUCCAUACUGAAACGUGUGAAGUUGUUUCCCAUAACGGGGCUGAAGAAUUUGACGUGAGAUCUGAGCAGGAAUUUUGGGAUGAAAUAAAAGGAGGAUUGGUUGAUAAGGAGGGCUUGGUGAGGAAACAGUCAUUACAUAUACUGAAAAUAUCAUUAGGAAGAAUUGGUGGACGGCAUUGUAACUCUGGUGUUUCUGAGACAAAUUUGGGCGAGAAAUAUCCAACCUCCCAUAGUAUAACAAAAAGGGGGAAGUGGGCUGAAAAGGAAGCCAAGUCGUUGGGUGUAGGAAAAAUUUGCAGUCCUGCUGAUCCCUUUUUAACUGGUCAGCAGAGAUGGGAAGCAUUCCUACUUCUAUAUGAAAUGCUUGAGGAGUAUGGAACACACUUAGUCGAAGCAGCUUGGACACAUCAGGUAACAUUGCUGCUUCAUCUUCCUUCUCCGCAUGAUUCUUCUUCAAAUUCCAUUGGUGGAGGCGCUGAUCAAAUUCAAAUGGAGACUUUAGAAGGAAUCUUUAGCUGGCUAGCAAUUUUAUGGGAACGGGGCUUUUUUCAUGAAAAUCCUCAAGUUAGGUGCUUGAUCAUGCAGUCAUUUUUGGAUAUCGAUUGGAAGAAUCAUUAUGAUUGGGCUAAGCAAGUGCCGAAAAGUUUUGUACUUGGGCCAUUAAUGGAAGGGUUGAAUGACACAGUGCACCACAGAGAUUUUGGUGUCAAAGGAGUAUACUCUUCAAAAACAAUUGAAGGUGCAUCCAAUUUUUUUGGCCAGUUCUCCUCUUAUUUCUCUGGGAGGGAACGGGUUACAUUCCUCUGCAAUUUAGCAUCUGUUGCUAAACAAGAAUCCUUUGGCCGAGCUGGAUUGAUGGCUCUUGCUGUCUGCAUUGCUUCAGCUGCUGUGGCAGCUGAAACACCUUGGGAAAGUGAAGCACAAUGGUAUGAAGGUGGUUCUUGGGAUGUGGCUCAACCAGAAUCCUCUCAAGAAAGUCUUUUCUACAAUAACAAGGCAGAACUAUUGGAUAUUCUGAGACUCAUUAUUGAAGACAGCAAACAGCAUUUUAAUCCUCAUUAUCGUCUUCGAGUUUCUACGGAAGUCUUCAAGGCUGCUUCUUCUGUGAUAUGCCCCACUGAUGUGCCCCUUGAGAUACUUCUACACUUCUUUUCAAUGCUGCCGCGAGAAUUUGCUGAUUAUGGUGGUUCCUUGAGAGGAAAAGUGCAAGAAUGGUUUUCUGGGUUAAAUAGAAAGUGCUCAAGUUCCAAUUCCUUAACUCCUAAAAUGCAGGUUUUGGACAGUCUUUAUGAUUUCCCUGAAAGGUUCAUAAAGCAUCAAUAUUGCCUUGAUUCCUUUGUUAUUUACGAUGAUGAAGAUUUGGAUGCAUGGGUCCUAGAGGUGCAAAGAUGGAUAAGGCUUCUUUUUCUUUUAGUCACGGAGGAACACCAUUUGGAACCUAUAUUCAGGUUUAUUCAGAGUUGUGCUGUUAAUAUCUCUGGGAAAAAUCUAGAAUGGGUUCCUGUGAAGUUUCUCAUCCUCUCUUUAGGCUUAGUCGAAGAACUUCAAAUCAUACAGAAGAAGUCCACUGAUUUUGUGGGGAAAGUUAGAAGUAGCAUGGAAGCAGGAACUCUUGACAAGUCAGAUCAAUCGAGUUCGGCAGGAGAUUAUGUUGGGUUUGAGAAAUUUGCAAGGCCUUUCUUUUCUAUACUGGGGGAGCUAGUCUCAUUUGCCAAAUCAGCUUGUUCCACAUUCUGGUCCAUCCCUGUGUUUGAGGAUGUGCAGUUACCUUCUUCUGUUAGAGGAAAGCUAGGCGGCCCUAGUCAACGACGGUUGGCUUCUUGUACCACUGCUUCUGUGUUGCAGGCUAUAUUAUCCAUGAAGACUGUUGCAACUAUCUCAUUAUGGUCUGCACACUUCAAAAAUGAUGUUCAGCUUGAUUCUGCUUUUAAUUUCUUGUGGAAUUUCGUUGAGAAGGUCAUCUCUUCUCCAACAUAUGACUCAGAGGCUGGAGGGGAAAUUCGUCUAGCAGCAUAUGAAGCAUUAGCUCCUGUAUUUAGAGCACUGGGUUCUGAUCUCUCUCCAUUGGUUUUGAAUAUGAUCAUGGAAAAUGAUGGGUCAUUGGGACGAAAAGUAACAGGCAAACCUCUGCUGGACUCUUUGGUUCUUAGUUUUCUUCAGAAUAUCAAUGAUCUCCUUGCUGGUGGAGUUUUGGCACGGAGUAGGCGAGCAAUUUUGAUGAACUUGAAGUGGCUGUGUCUAGAUUCUCUGUUGUCUAUUCCAUACCAUGCCAUUGAGCAUAAGUUUCACCUACACAGUGAAGUAACUUUUUUCUCAGAUUUAGCACUGAGAUUCAUUUUCGCUGAUAUUGUUGACAGCCUUGAGAAUGCUGGAGAAAGCGAUGUCCUGCCCAUGUUGCGAUCUGUCAGAUCAGUUUUGGGGAUUUUCGCUUCGUCUAGGAUGUGUUCUUUUGUUUCCUCAAGUAAUGGUGUGGACACUCAGCAGAGGAUGUGGCAGUUGGUACAGUCUUCAUGGAUAUUACAUGUUAGCUGCAACAAGCGUAGAGUUGCACCUAUCGCUGCACUUCUGUCUUCUGUCUUGCAUACUUCCUUGUUCAGUGAUGAGAACAUGCAUGAAACAGCUGACCAGGUUCAAGGUCCUUUGAAGUGGUUUAUUGAAAAAAUCCUUGAUGAAGGUACCAAGAGUCCUCGUACUAUUCGUCUUGCGGCAUUACACCUGACUGGGUUGUGGCUUCUUAAUCCAAGAACAAUAAAGUAUUAUGUGAAAGAGCUGAAGUUGCUAUCACUAUAUGGAUCAGUGGCUUUUGAUGAGGAUUUUGAAGCUGAGUUAGUUGAAAGUCAUGAUGCAAGGACAGAGGUUUCAUUAUUGGCUACAAAUCCAGAUUCUGAGCUCACUGAAGUUUUUAUCAACACAGAGUUGUAUGCACGUGUAUCUGUCGCUACUCUGUUUUACAAACUUGCAGACAUGGCUGCCAUGUUGGGAUCCUUGAAAGGAAAUGAUGAAUGCUUCGCGGCCCUUCAAUCUGGAAAACUGUUUCUUUUGGAACUUCUUGAUUCUGCGGUCAAUGAUAAAGAUCUUUCAAAAGAGUUGUAUAAAAAAUAUAGUGGGGUUCAUAGGCGCAAAGUCCGUGCUUGGCAAAUGAUUUGUGUAUUAUCACGAUUUGUUGACGAGGAUAUAGUUCAUCAGGUUACUUCAGGCUUGCACAUAGGCCUAUAUAGAAAUAAUUUACCAGCUGUUCGGCAGUACUUGGAAACAUUUGCGAUUCAAAUUUACUUGAAAUUUCCAUCAUUGGUUGGGGAACAAUUAAUUCCUGUUUUCCAUGACUAUAAUAUGAGGCCCCAGGCACUCUCUUCCUAUGUUUUCAUAGCUGCUAAUGUUAUCCUCCAUGCAAGUGAGGUGCAUAUCCAGUUGAGACAUUUGGACGAGUUGCUUCCACCUAUAAUCCCAUUACUAACCUCUCAUCACCAUAGUUUACGUGGUUUUACUCAGUUACUAGUGCACCAAGUUCUUUGCAAAUUGGUACCUACCUUGGAUUCAAAUGUUUCUGAAGUUGUGCCUCUAGAGAAAAAAUGCUUUCAGGACUUGAAAUCAUAUUUGGUGAAAAAUCCUGACUGCAUGAGGUUAAGAUCAUCAAUGGAAGGGCUUCUUGAAGUUUUCAAUCCAAAGACCUCUUCUACACCUGCUGGAAUUUUCACUGCUCGGGCUGAGGAAUCUGAGUUUGAAUGUGUACCGCCAACCCUCAUGGAGCAAGUGAUUGGUUUCUUAAAUGAUGUUAGAGAAGACCUUAGAUGCUCUAUGGCAAAGGAUGUCGUUUCAAUAAAAAAUGAGGGUUUAACAAAUGGAGGUAAUUGUAAUAGCAUGAUAUUAUCACGUGAUGCUGAUGAAGAAAUACUACAUGCCCAAGUUUCAAGAGAUUUGGCCUUGGAUUUCCAAAAGAAAGUUACUCUCUCUAAACAUGAGAAGCAGGAUACCGAGGGUACUUACUUCUUGGGCAACACUGAAUUCUACAAGCCACUUGUAGAAAUGGAGAAAGAAGACCAGCUUCUCGAUCAAGUUUUGCAGUCAAGGAGCAUAGCUAUUGAAAGGAUAAGAAAAAGUCGACAACAGUUUAUCCUUGUGGCAUCACUAAUUGAUCGCAUACCAAACCUUGCUGGGUUAGCGAGGACUUGUGAGGUAUUUAAAGCAGCGGGAUUAGUUAUCUCUGAUGCAAGUAUUGUACAUGAUAAACAAUUUCAACUCAUCAGUGUGACAGCUGAGAAGUGGGUCCCCAUCAUAGAGGUACCUGUAAGCAGCAUGAAAAUUUUCUUAGAAAAAAAGAAGCGAGAGGGUUUUUCAAUCCUGGGUCUGGAGCAAACUGCAAAUAGUAUCGCUCUUGACCAGUACAAGUUUCCCCAGAAGAUGGUUCUUGUUCUGGGGCGUGAAAAGGAAGGCAUUCCCGUAGAUAUAAUCCAUGUUCUAGAUGCUUGUAUUGAGAUUCCUCAGUUGGGAGUUGUUAGAUCACUGAAUGUUCAUGUCAGCGGUGCCAUUGCUCUAUGGGAGUAUACUCGUCAGCAUAGAUCUUGACAAUCCUGAUCUUCAUGCUGAGAUUCAACUUUGGAGCGUGAUUAAGCUGUACAUAAAAUUUUUGGCUGUAAUUUUUCAUUUAUAACAAAAUCUGAAGGUGGGCUUGUAACAAAACUAACAAUUUUCCAUGAUUGACGAGAAUUGAUUAAUUGUAUGUAAUUCAUUUGAGCACAAAUCAUUUAGUUCUGAACCUUUUGAAUCAGGUCUCUAGUUCCCCUUUAUUUUCUCA